AUGCCGCCCGAGCCCAUCGUGCUGCCCUCGCUUGCGCUGGGGCUUCUCGUCACGUUCCGCACAAACACCGCCAACGCGCGCUACAUGGAGGCGCGCAACUUGUGGGGGGAGAUCGUCAACACCUCGCGCGAUAUCACGCGGGUGGCGCUGCAGUGGCUGGAACUACUGGCCGCCUGGAUCGACGAGCAGCCCGAUCCGAGUGCUAUCACUAUGGUGCUGGCGCUCGAUUGGCUUCACAGCCAACGCGCCAAAGCUUCUGUGGGCGGCAACAAUGGCGCUGCUGAUGGACCGUCAGCUGGCCGAAGCCCAUGGGGGGAGAACCCGCCCAAUUGGGAGCACUUUGCGGGCGACUCGCGAGAGACGUACCAGGGGGAGGAGGUCAAGGAGCAGGAUCGACGAGCUAUCCCCAUUGACCGCAGCCGCAAGUCAGCGAUGCACGCGUACAAAAAUCGGAUGGACAAGGAGUUCGCAGCGCUGGCGGAUGCAUGCGACGCCGACAUGUCAUGCGGUCUCUGGAGUUGGGACCUGGGGCCCGCCGGGGCCUGGGACUGUCGGCUGAGCCACUCUCUGUCUGGUGGCUCUCUACGGAGCGUUUACACAAUAGCUCGGCACCCUGACCGUGGACUCAGCCGCUGCAGCCUCGGCGGCGGCGCUGUCCCCAGGGCGAGCGUUUCGCAAAACACAGUCAGGCCCGACUGGACACUGGCAGCAGCCAGCUUCCCAGGCUCUCGCGAGAUACGCUUUAACGUGAGCAUGAACGUGUCAACGUGA